AUGAGCCUAGAACCAUGCGCUUUUUUGGAGAGGAAGCGGAACUUCAAGGGAGAGCUAACCGUGCAGGUGCCUGAGGACCUACUCACGAAAUGUGCUGACUACGUGAGGUUCAAGUUCCGCCAUCCCGACGCCACGAAGGCUCAGUUGGAUCGGUCGGGGGAUCCUGGUGCUCUUGCCAGGCAGGCGCGGGUGGUACAGCGCUGGAUCAACAGCAGUGACGUCACUUGCACGGACGACUGCCUUGGGAUCGGCAAGGUCUGCAUCGUUGGUUGGAAGGAGAUUCCAGAGGAGGAGCUGGCUGCAGACGAGCAUGGUGACCUUGGACUAGAUGAGCUAGUGAGCGAGCCAGGCUCUCAGGAGCGGGUUUAUGAUGAGAAUGAAGAGCAGGAGGAGCUUAACGGGUGA